AUGCCGCAUGAUCUUAUGCUCGAGGUAACAAAUGCGAAAAUGACGCCUGGCCUGGCUGGCUUCGCUGCAGUCAGCGGACCAGCAACGGCACCACCACGGCCACAGAAGUCAGGAGGCGUUGCCUUCCAACAGGCAAGAGCAGGAGCUCCAGCCUCGUGUAGGAGAGCUACAGAGGCAUACCGCAGGCCUUCUAGACAAGCAGCAACAACAACUGGAAGGCGAGCAGCGGGAGAACAAGCAACCUGUCUGCGGCAGAGAAGAACGGAAGCACGAGACAGGGCCGAAUGGUGGGCAGGAACAAGCGCAGCCAGUAAGAAGCAAAGACAAAGACAACAGGGGCGACGCCAGUGUUAUUCUGAGGCGGCCAAGCAGCAACACCAACAGCAGCAUCUCAUGUCACCCCGAACGACGGCAUCCCCUGUAACUGAUGCUCCUCCUGCUGCAUCAGGAAGGAAGAGGGGGAGAGGGCGUCGAACUGGCAGCACUGGAAAACCAGGAGAUGCAGCGGGCGUGGGAGAUGGUAUUACUAGUUCCAGGAGACGUAGGGAAAGCACACGAGAAACUGCAGCAGCAGCCGCAGCACAGGCAUCAGUGUCGGCAGGGGAGCCUCCAGCAGGAGCUGCAGCAGGAGCUGCUGCUGCAGGUAGUGCUCCUGGCGCGACAGUUGCCGCGGAGGCGGCAGCGGCAACUGCCGCCCUAGCAGCGACAACAGCCAAAGGCGCAGCUGAAGCUUUUUCGGCUUCUGCAGCAUCGGCUGUAGAUGAGAAACAUGCGCGAGAAGCUGCCGAAGCAACAGCGGCAGGAAGCGACCGCGCUCGAGCUGUAGGCGGUAUCCCCCCCGCAGUGAUCCUGGAAACACCUUUACCAGUGGCGGGAGUGGCCACAGCAGUGGCAGCUGCAUCUCCGAUUGCAGCCACAUCUCCUACACAGGGGAAACAAGCCGUAGAAAAGGCGCCUUCUGCAGCACCAAAAGCCGAAGCACACUUGGAGGAAUCCUCGACUGCAGCAGAAGCUGUCGCGGCUGCACCUGCACCCGCUACGGAGGGGGGGCAACCGGCUGCUGCCAAGGCGGCUGCUGCUUCAGACGCGGCAAGCAAAGGGACAGCAGGAAGGGAGAGCGAAGCAGCAGCAGCAGCCACAGCAACAGCUGCCGCUGCUGCUGCUGCAGCUGGUCAGGUGGCUACCCCUCAGAGGCCGUUGCGGAGGGUAAAGGAUUCGACGGCGUCUUGGAGCGCCUCUUCGAAAGCUGCCGUAAGAGCGCUCCGUGCGGAGACGGCGCCCUUUAGUGAAGCAACAUCCCCACCAGCUGCAGCAAAUGAGCACUCUACAUCGCCGCAAGACAGCCCAAACGCAGAAACUUCAGCGUCUACAGCGGCUAGAGCCUCAACUACUACCUCAGCACGCCUACCUCCGGCUGCAAAUGCGGAAGGGGCAAAUCUGGCAGCACCGGGGCAGGAGAGGAGCGAUCCUGAUGCAGCAGCCUGCAGCAGCAACUUUGUGAGUAGUACAACACCUCCGCACAUCUCAGCACCCGCGACAGCAGCAGCAAUAGCGGCAGCUGAGGAAGCGAUAGAAGCAGAAGCGGCGUCUGCAGCCAAGGCAGCCUGGAUCGCCGCAGGCGAAACGGACUGCGUUGCUGCUAUUUGUGCAGCAGCAGAAGCCACACCAAAUCAGAGAAGCUCUCAGCAGGCUGCGGAGACAGCGCGUCCGAAACAGAGUGCACUUGCAGCAGCUGCAGCAGACGGAGCAAGGACUGCACCGGCAACAGCAGCCACUGCUGCUGCAGCAACAACGAAGGCUGCAAACAGGGAUCAGCUGCCGCUGUCCAUCCGAAGCGUGCAGCCGGAGGGGGCAGAAGCAACGAGAACGGCUGCAGGAGAAGGGAGAACUGUACAAUGCAGAGCCUCACAAGGAAACGACGCAGCAGCAGGCUUGCACUCCGGUGCAACACCCGCUGCGUCAGCAUACAAAAAAGCUGCUCCAGCAGCACACACAGGCGCAACUGGAAGGGGCAGAGGAGCGGCAGGGGCAGCAGCAAGAGGAGUGCGACCACGGACUGCAGCGGCAUGCCGAGCAUCAGCAGCAACUGCCGGAGGAGACAUCGGACUCGCAACAACACGUUGGGCACGAUCCGAAAGGCGUAGGUUUGCUGGAAGCGCGUUGGCAGCAGCAGGAGCACUCCGAGAGGCUGAAGACGAGGAGCAUCUGCAAGCAGGCGAACAAUGCGAGGGCACAGAGAAGCAGGCUGAACAGGAAGAAAAGCAGGGGGAGAAUCAGCAGGACGCGGAUUCAGAAGUCUUUAUGGAUAGCUUAUCGCCACGGGGGUUUGUCUACAGCCCAGGAAACUACGCCUAUUCCCCAGGUAGCUGCCCUCCAUCGCCCGCUAGCUAUGCAGUCACUCCAAGGAAUUCCGGAGAGAAUUCGUUUGGGGAGCACGGCGAUGGCUGCGUCUAUGCUUCGGCGCAGGGGACAACCACGGAAGUCGCAGUUGAUUUGGUGGAUGUGUCUAGUGAUGACGAUUCCCGUAGCGGGAGGUGUGCAAGCGAGCGCGAAUCGGCUUGCGGUCUCGUAUUGCCCCCCGACAAACUUGCUGCUGCAGCAAAGAACAUGGCUUCGGAACGCACAGUGCCUGCAGGGGAUGUGGCGACUCACUUUGCUGCCGCUCGCGUGGGGGUGACACCCUCAGGUGAGGAGGAUGCAGCCACGGCAUCUCCAGUGCGUGGGCGUGAUGAAGCGGUAUCAGGCCUCGCCACAGAAUCAGCCGCAGCAGCAGCAGCGCACGAUGGACUGCGAGCUUCCCUCGGAGAACAGCGUCCAUCAGGGAGUGCAGCAGCGACGGCAGGGGGAGGCACUGGCACCUGCUUGCUCCUGCGUGUGGACUGGGGGAAGAUGGAGUCGGGGUGUCUUCGCCGUUGGCUGUCCUUUUUCGGUGUAAAGGCGGGAGGCCUCUCUCACCAGCAGACCGUUUCUAUUCUGCAGCAGAUUUGCCGCUAUCUCGUAAGCGGAACGCCGGAUACAGUCCCCAAGGGGCUUGCCCCUGCUGUUGCAGCCAACCCGAUCCUGCCGCGCGAGGUUGACGGACUCGGCAAGACUCCCCGAAGGCACAGCUCUGCUACCUUUUCGAGGGUGCGACAAACGCAGCAAGCCGCCGCUCACGCAGGUGGAGAAGAAAAGGCCAACUACACCCACGCCACAGUGUACCUCUCCGACGGCUUCCCAGCAGCAGUCAGGGAGGCAGCGAUGCACGGCAACAGCGCCACAGAUCCGCGCAGCACUGAUGCGCAGCAACGACCGCCUGAGCGUGUUUGA